ACACUCUCUCUUACACACACACACACGCCCGACCUGAACUCGUACUGCAGGGAUUACAGCGACAUAAACGUUUUAAACACGGUAUUAGGGAAAUGUGGACUACUUCCGGUUCCUGUGUGUGUUUAGAGGUUUUAAUGUGAAGAACAGGAGAUACUUUAUGGACUGAAGAAGCUCCUGUGUGAAGUUAAUGUCACUGAAAAUGCUGGUGUGCAGAGUGCAGAGUUUGUGUUUCAUGCUGAUUUUUGUGGAUUUGAUCUCACAUCCUGCAGCAGCUCAGUCCUGUGAAGGUCUCUGUGGUGAAAGGUUGGCGUCCUGUUCCUGCCACCCGACAUGCGAGACCUUACUGAACUGCUGCCGAGAUGUGAAACAGUUCUGCCUUGACAUCUCGCCUCACUCUGGUUCUCUUCUCGGAGGAACCGACUUUAAACUGCUUAAUGUCAGAUUUGCCAAGAACGCCACCCUCACCUGCAGGUUUAAGUCUGAGAUCAUAACUCAGGGCUACGUGGAUGAGGAUGGUGUGGGUCACUGUAUCUCGCCCCUGCUGUUUGAAUCCGGCUGGAUCCCGUUUAAGGUUUCCACCGAUGGACGGAACUAUAACCGAGCCGGUCGAUGGCUCUCAGUGCACCACAGUAAGCUGAGUCUGGAGAACAAGCUCCACCUGGUGAACGGGACUCAGUGGCAGUAUUACGGUACGCCGGGCGUCGGUGGAGUUCUGCUGAUGGAGUGGAAUUCAUCUCUGAUUAAAGCUGACAGAGUAAACGUUGAGCUGUGGGGCUAUGACGAGUUCGGAGAGCCAUAUUCUGAUCAGUGGACGGCCGAGUGGAAAUAUCUGUACUCAGUAGGCAGAAAUGUGACCAAUAACGGGGUAUUCAGCUUCGUCCCGAGGCCCACUGAGAUGCCGCUGUCACAGUGGCACAUGGGCAGCAUGAGGGUCAGUCCGAGCACCGAACCUGACGGCACAUGGAACGUGAACGCUCUGUGGACUGGUGAUCAUGCUCUGGCGUAUCACCUGGAGGAAGCCUUCAGAAAAAAUUCAGCAGCUUGGGCUCUGGAGAAAUGUUUGAAAUGGGACGAGGAGGAAAAGCUGAUGCCCAGUUUCCUGCCUGAGAUCAUCGAUUGCCCCUGCACGCUGGCGCAGGCCCGAGCCGACACCGGCAGAUUCCACACGGACUACGGGUGUGAUAUUGAGAAAGGCAGUAAGUGCACUUAUCACCCAGGAGCUGUGCACUGCGUUCGAGCUAUUCAGGGCAGCCCGAAGUACGCAGCAGGUCAGCAGUGUUGUUACGACAAAACCGGAGCUCAGGUUCUCACCAGCGACUCCAUCGGCGGAAGUACCCCAGACCGAGGGCACGACUGGGGGUCACCGCCGUAUAAAAAGCCCCCCAAAGUGCCAGGAUUCUCCCACUGGAAAUACGACGUGAUCACGUUCUACUACUGCUGCCUGUGGUCAGAAAACUGCGACUAUUAUUUCACACAUCGUCCCUCCAGCGACUGCAGGACGUACCGUCCUCCUAAAGCAGCCUCGGUGCUCGGUGAUCCUCACUUCAUCACGUUUGAUGGUUCCACGUUCACCUUUAACGGUAAAGGAGAAUACGUGCUGCUUCAUUCACCAGAGCACCAGCUGAUGGUGCAGGGCAGAACUGAGCCAAUGACAUCAGAGAACGGCUCUGUCGUCAUGGCGACCCGUCUCUCCUCGGUGGCCAUGAAGGAAAAGGAGUCCGACGUCAUCGAGGUGCGUCUCACGGAUAAACCGGACCACCUGCAGGUCUUACAGAACCAACAGGUGCUAAGUUUCUCCGAACAGAACUGGCUGGAUCUUAAAGGUGUGUAUGUGUUCUCGGCGGUACCCCAGAAUGUCACGGUGAUGUUUCCCUCAGGGGCAGGAGUCGAGGUCAGAGGUAGUGGAGGGGUCGUGACCCUGACCGUUUUACUGCCAGAGGAGUUUACGGAGCAGACGCAGGGCCUGCUGGGGAAGAUGAACGACGAUCCUGAAGACGAUUUGACCUCCAGCGACGGAACAGUUGUAGGAGUAGACGGCAGCCCUCAGGACAUUUUCACUUUCGGAGCAGGAUGGGCCGUUACAAACGAGUCCUCUCUUUUCACCUACGACUCAGAGCACCUCCUAAACGAGUACUAUUUCUCCCCGAAGCACGAUCCGUUGUUCAUCCCGCAGUUCUCGGUGAACGAAGACCCUUCCGACCCGCUCCUGAGUCCCACGUUGAAGAUGUGUGUAGGACACGGAGCUCAGUUCUGUAAAUACGACACGCUAAGCACACGCAGUCUGGAGCUGGGCAACAACACGCUGCACGCCGUCCGCACUCAUGCAGCCACGGUGCAGGACCUACAGCCUGUGGUGUCCUGUGGCUGGCUACAGCCACCCAAGCAUGGGGGAAAAGAAGGAACGGUGUAUUUGAAGGGGGCAAAUGUCCGAUUCUCCUGUAAAAGUGGUUACCGUCUGUACGGCUCACGGGAGCGUGUGUGUCAGGAGGACGGACGGUGGUCAGGAGAGGACACGCACUGUGUUUCAGAUGACACUUUGGGAAUCGUGUUGGGCAGCAUCGGUGCCGCCCUCACGCUGGUCGUCAUGGUGAUCGCGAUCGUCCUCUACAACCGGAAACAGAAGAGGGAAAGAAUAAAGGAGAGAGAAAACAAGGUGGAUUAUCAGCACGACCCUACAAACCUGUGACACCCCUCAGCUGCUGCACCAUCGCUCUGUUGUACUGUGUGAUUUCUAUGUAAUUUACACAUGCAACAGUACAAGCAACGUGUCAUAAAACCUCCUGAAUUUUAUUUUAAUUUUUUUUGCACUGUCAAUUCCGUUCAGCAGCCAUGUGUUUAAGCUUAAUUAAAACUGGUGAUUAGUUUUCUCCCUGGUGCUAAUUUGAUCGCAGCCCCUUGAGGGUAAACUUCACUCAUGAUUCAAUCUUCCUGCUUUAUUUCAAGUCUAGUAUUGUGUCUGAAGGAUGUUAAUAUUUAAAUCGUAUGAAGAAACAAUCAGAAUUCAAUAUUAUCUCAUUCAUCUUCUACCGCUUAUCCAUCUACCUCGGGUCACGGGGAGCCUGUGCCUAUCUCAGGCGUCAUCGGGCAUCAAGGCAGGAUACACCCUGGACGGAGUGCCAACCCAUCGCAGGGCACACACACACACACACACACACACACACACUCUCAUACACUAUGGACAAUUUCCCAGAGAUGCCAAUCAACCUACCAUGCAUGUCUUUGGACCGGGGGAGGAAACCGGAGUACCCGGAGGAAACCCCCGAGGCACGGGGAGAACAUGCAAACUCCACACACACAAGGUGGAGGCGGGAAUCGAACCCCCAACCCUGGAGGUGUGAGGCGAACGUGCUAACCACUAAGCCACCAUGCCCCCAGAAUUCAAUAUUGAAUUCAGUCAAAUUAUUUAGUAACGUGUUAAACGUAACCUUAAAAGUAUUUAUUUAGGAAUAAGGAAGUUCCUUAUACUCAGAAUCAGGUCCUGCACAUGCUCAAAGACGCUUAAGGUCACGCUACACUUUCCUUUCGUCGACUUCCAUUCAUACUCAUGCGAACGCUGGAGACCGGAAACGCUGCCUGAUUUGCGUCAUAUGUUUCAUAGUGUUCACUUUAGGUCCAGAACACAGACAUAUUAACGUUAAAUCUCUAACACUGAGGAGGUAAAUAUUGUAACUGCCUUAUGAUCAGCUAGUUACUGUAUUUUAGCAGACUAGCUUACUGCUAACGAGGAGAAAAUCUGUUUAAACAAUGACGCGGCUUGCGACAUCAAAUCCGGUCGACGCCAUAUUCGCUGUGGCUUCCGAAGGAACGUCGCAUGAUGGAAGUUUAGUGUAACGGCACCUUAAGUAAAUUUAUAACGGGUUUUUAUUUCAAUCGAGAAUUGUUUUUAAUUCUUUUUAAAAAAAAAAGAAAUGUUAAAUAACUCAGGUUCAGUUUGUGGUUUUGGUCUCGGGUCAUUACGAGAAAUCACAGUCGAAUGGAAACGAUGACAUUUUGUAAUGAAACUCAGAGAUUUGUGAGGAUUUACAAUAAAUGUUGAUGACUGAU